AUGGACGCAUAUGUGAAUGCUUUUCGAACGACACUACCAACAUGGUUUGACGAAAAUGGUAUAGCUGGUGGUUCUUUUGGCUUGGAAGCUGCAGAAGAGUUUGCUAUGCCAGCAUUUGAUGUUCCCGCUUGUAACAAUCCAGUUGGAUUCCUUAAAACAAUUACAGACGAAAGUUCUGAAGGAUAUCGAAUUAAAAUUCAACACGGUACUACUACCUUAGCAUUCUCCUUUAAGGAUGGUGUUAUUGUCGCAGUAGAUUCUCGAGCAACAGCAGGAGGAUACAUUGCUUCACAGACCGUAAAAAAGGUCAUUGAAAUUAAUCCGUAUCUUUUGGGAACAAUGGCUGGCGGCGCGGCCGAUUGUCAGUAUUGGGAAAGAGAUCUAGGGAGACGAUGCAGACUAUACGAAUUGAAGAAUAAAGAGUUAAUUUCAGUAGCAGCUGCGUCAAAACUUUUAGCGAAUAUGGUUUAUCCUUAUAAAGGAAUGGGGCUUAGUAUGGGUACCAUGAUAACUGGAUGGGAUAAAACGGGACCAAAUCUGUUUUAUGUUGACUCAGAUGGAUCGCGUUUAAAAAGCAAUUUAUUUUCUGUCGGUUCCGGAUCUACAUUUGCUUAUGGUGUUUUAGACCCAGGAUAUGACUAUGAACUGGACGUAAAUGCUGCAAUUGAUUUGGGAAGACGUUCGAUUUAUCAUGCAACUUAUCGUGAUGCGGGUUCGGGUGGUUCUGUGAACGUAUACCAUGUCAAAGAAGGUGGCUGGGAAUUUAUUAGUUGCGAUGACACAUCUAUCCCAGAUUUACAUAUAUGUAUUUUACCAUUUAAAGUUUAUUUAGACCAAUCAGCACCACAACUUGCUAGUUGCCAUAAAUUUGAAUUAUCUCUUUCUAUUAAAGAAUUAUUGCGUGGACGCCAUGCCAAGCAGUUGAUCCUAGCAGCAUGGCCGAGUCUUUAUCAGAUAGUACAAGGAUUUUAG